GCUGCGCGUGUUUGCAUUGUUUGCGCUAUGCUCCAUGCGAAGCUUCGCCAUGGCUGUGCCAUCUUGAUCUACAGCUGUAAAUGCCAGCGGUGAAACAAGUCAGCGCAACGGGCUUUGAUGGCAGGGUUAAUAAGCUGGAAGUGGUGCUGCGCGAGCAGCGUCGCGGCCGGAACCAAAGCGGAGGAACUAUGGUGAUUUUCCCUGGGGAUAUAUCGGCAAGCAAAGAGGAGAUGCUAGAAGAUCCAGAAGCGGAGGAAUGGAAGGAUUGGAGUACUGAAGCUAUCGCGCUCUUGAUGGCACGCCGCUUUCCGAACCUGAACAUUUUUCUUGUUCGACCGUCACGAAUGCGGGAGGGCUUCAGCUGUUUCGAUCAUUUCCUCACCACCAACAUCAAUGGCGACCCGCUUGACGGAGACUACAAUCCGGAAGGCUCCGCCAUCAAACAUUUGCUGCUGCUGUUGAAAGACCUGGCUCGUAUCACGGGUGUGGGCGAGCAGCUCCUGUCGCGCCUUUAUCUCGUUGGUUUCAGCAAGGGAUGUGUGGUGGUGAACCAGAUCCUUGCGGAGCUCGGAGCAGAGACCAGCACCGAUGACACCAUGUGCUUCCUUGGGAUGACGCGGGCCAUUGCUUGGCUGGAUCCCGGGGUGAACGAAGGCAGCUGCGUCUUUGUCACGGACGAGGAGGUGCUUUCAACAGCCGCGAAGAGGUUGCGCUCGAAGAGCGCGGCGUGCUUGUACGUUGUCUUCUCUCCUUUCCAGCUGUAUUUGGAUAGCUACGAGUUCGAGUACGAGGACGACGAGGCGGCGACGUCUGAGGAGCUGGGCUUAGACCUGCUGCAGUCGAUUAUGAAAGAGGGCCGCGUGCCUUUGGAGCUGGAGUACUGCUUGUUCGACCAGGAGCCAACGCUUCUCACGCAUUUCAAGGUGUUGCAGGAGUUCACCUCACUGCGCCAUUUAAACCACCUCGACCCCAAGGCCGAGAUGUCUUCUGCCCCGCGCAGACACAUGGGAACGGGCAACAUGGCCCGUGCCAUUACCUCCACGCUCUCGAGAUCCUGCGAGUUGAUGUGAAGAGAGGACCUUCACGAAGCGAUGGCCACGUAUCUUCAGGCCGCAUCUUGCGUUUGAGCCAUGGAAACCCCAGGGUCCCCCGAAACCGCCUGGCCCUUGCCUGAAGGGGCCGGAAAAGACUGGGGCCUCAGCAAGGAAAAGAUAGCGCUCGUCAUUCUGGGGGAUGUUUUGAACCGUUUCCGUCAUUGCUCCAUUUUCUUCGUCCUGUUUCAAAGAAGCAAGGACUAGCUAGUGCAUGCAUGACCCAUGUGCAGUCCACGUCAACAAAACAAUUGCGUUUGGACUGCAACUUCAGAGAAUUGAAAA